AUGGCAGCAACCUCACGAGCAGCCAAAUCAUUCUUGUUGCGAGCUUCAAGAUCAACUCUCCCAAUUCUCGCAAACACCUCAAGGCUUUCUUCCGCACCAAUAGCUCAUAGGAAACUUGCUGCAAGCCCCUUGACUCUUCGUUAUAUAUCAACAAUGAAGGCUCUUGUCUACGGCGGCAACAAUUCCGUUGCUCUUCAGGACAAACCGGUUCCAGAAAUAAUCAACCCUACAGACGCCAUCAUCAAGGUGUCUAAGACAACCAUAUGCGGCACCGACUUGCAUAUUCGCAAGGGCGACGUGGCAACCUGUGAACCGGGGCGAAUCUUGGGCCAUGAGGGCGUCGGCGUCGUCCACAAAACCGGCACCUCCGUAACUCGAUACAAGGAGGGCGACAAAGUAUUAAUCUCUGCAAUCUCCAAUUGCGGCACCUGCGAGUAUUGCCGCAGAGGCAUGUACAGUCACUGCACCUCAGGUGGCUGGAUUCUCGGCAACAAGAUUGACGGCACCCAAGCAGAGUAUGUCCGCAUCCCGCACGCGGAAUCGAGUCUGCACCCAAUUCCUGAAGGAGCGGAUGAAGCCUCGUUGGUGAUGCUGAGCGACAUCUUCCCAACUGGGUAUGAGUGCGGUGUGCUCUGCGGCAAGGUGCAGCCCGGUGGUACCGUCGCCGUUGUCGGAGCAGGGCCAGUUGGUCUGGCGUCCAUCAUAACCGCCCAGAUGUACGCUCCAUCAAAGAUCAUUGCCAUUGAUACAGACCCGAACAGACUUGAAGUGGCGAGGCAGUUCGGUGCUACCUAUACUAUUGAUAGCAGUGACAAUAACACCGUGGACGACGUUAAGGCCAUGACUGAAGGCAAAGGUUGCGAUACCGUGAUUGAGGCAGUCGGAAUCCCGGCAACGUUCGAUCUCUGCCAGGAACUGCUUGCUCCUGGUGGUGUACUAGCUAAUGUCGGCGUUCAUGGAACAAAGGUGGAUCUCCAUCUUCAAAAUCUCUGGGACAAAAAUAUCGCUAUUACUACCAGGCUCGUCGACACAACGACCACGCCCAUGUUACUCAAACUUGUCCAGUCUGGCAAAUUACAGCCUUCUCAACUGAUUACUCACCAUUUCAAGCUUAGCGAAAUGGAAGAAGCUUACGCAACCUUUGGCGAAGCUUCGAAACACGGAGCCUUGAAAGUUGUCAUCGAUGUGGAGUAG